AUGUAUAGCGAGACACCCAAAGUCCCCGAAAUCCAGGAUGCAGACAAGCCCGAACAGGUCGUCGAAGCAGAAGUGGCAAUUCAUCCUCCCCCCGCUGGUGUCGAACGGGCCGAGAAGGUACAGGCAAAGACAUGGCUUGCCAUCAUCUGUCUCGGAGCCACGUAUGGGUGCUGUCAGGGCAUCAAUUUGAUCCCCCUCAACGUGGUCAAUGUGAUCCAAGCCGAUCUGGGGAACCCGUUCCUCGCCAGCUGGAUCGGUACGGGCUAUUCGAUUACCCUGGUAGUCGGGAUCCUGGUUGCCAACUCUCUCGCUGAUCUUCUCGGUCGUCGUUGGUUCAUCAUAUGUGGUGGUAUUCUGACUGCCGUCGGUAACAUUGUUGGUGCAACCGUAAGCAGGACAUCUUCCGUGGUCGUCGCUACUUCGAUCCUAGGGUUCGCCCAAGGAGGCGUCACCUGUACCAUUCCCGCCGCCAGCGAGCUCAUCCCCAAGAAAUACAGAGGCUAUGUGGUCGGGCUCAUGAACCUGUGUCUGGGUAUCUGGUCCAUGUCUGGUAACUUAGUCGGUGCGUGGGCAUCUCUACAUGUCUCGAUCCUUGUGCAGGAGCAGCUGAUGAUGAGAGCGACGACGAUAUAG